AUAUAGGAAAAAUGUCACAAGAAAUGAUUUUACUACCACCAGUUCCCGAAGAUAUUGGAAAGGCGCGUUGCAGAGUAUCGAAUGUUGUUUUAGAAAAAAGAAAAAUCAAAGCUGGUCAAUGGGUUCGUCUUGAAUCGAAUCAUAUGUCAUUAUUUUGUCGUGUAUGGCAAGCUAAUUUGCCAGAUAAUAUAAUUCAAGCUGAUAGUCUAAUAAAUCAAAAUGUUUCUUCUCCUAUUUCAUUGUAUAAUCUUCCAUGUUCAUUGAUUCCUCUAAAAACACCCAUACAAACAUCUAUUGAUGUGACGUUGGUCAUCAGAUUCAGAUAUGGUGAUGAUGAUAAUAAAGAAAAAAGGCAAUUUGAAGAUUUUGGAUUCAUAUGGGAAAGGGGUUCAGAAACUAUUAAGCAUUCUGUUAGUUUUAGCAAACAUAUCGAUCGAUGUAGUUAUAAAUUUCAACCA